AUGCCUGCGCGAGGCUUCUCCGGUCCUCCGGGUGGAGGCACUGAAUUCGAGGCCAAGAUCACGCCAUUUUCAUGCAUUAUGGCCGCCACGGGAGGCCUCAUGUUCAGUUACGACGUCGGUGUUUCAGGUGGUGUUACAUCCAUACCCUCCUUCUUGAAGAAAUUUUUUCCCGUUGUUUACCGGAGGACUCUGCAGAAUGCAAAUCUUGACAGCAAUUACUGCAAAUACGAUAAUCAAGGUCUUCAAUUGUUCACAUCAUCACUGUACCUCGCCGGUUUAACCUCAACAUUCUUCGCAUCCUACAUGACCAGGAAGCUAGGUUGGAAGCCAACCAUGUUGAUCGCCGGAGUUUUCUUCCUGUGCGGGACCGUCCUUAAUGCCGCAGCGCAAGACCUUGCCAUGCUCAUUAUUGGUAGGAUCUUGCUUGGAUGUGGAGUCGGUUUUGCUAAUCAGGCUGUGCCACUGUUCCUUUCAGAGAUUGCGCUCACAAGGAUACGUGGAGGUUUGAACAUUCUCUUUCAACUGAACAUCACCAUUGGCAUUGUCCUCGCAAACCUCAUCAAUUACGGUACCAAUAAGUAA